AUGACUUCCACCUACGACACCACAGCCCCCGCGGGGGGGACCCUGCCAGAGACGAAUGCGCAACUGCCUGACAAAGACCUGAAUGUGUCCACACCAUCGAGCGAUCUCAGCAUUGCAGCACCAGACAACCCAGUACAAGGAGAUCAGCAAGACAUACAGGAGAAAGAUGCUGCCGUGGGCGGCACUGGUGACGCAGCUGCAGGACUUGGCGCACAGGACAAUGAGCGCCCACCGAGAACGAAACUACAGAUCGCUUUGAUCAUGUUCUCGCUAGCCGUCGCCAUCCUUCUCGUGGCCCUGGAUGUCACCAUUGUCACGACGGCCUUGCCUACAAUUUCGGAACAGUUCAAAAGUGCUGCAGGAUACACAUGGAUUGGUACGGCAUAUCUCAUUGCUCAGUCGGCAGCCGCGCCAAUCUGGGGUAAAGUCUCGGACAUCUUCGGUAGGAAGCCCAUCUUACUGCUCACCAACGCCAUAUUCUUUGUCGGCUCCCUCCUCGCUGGAGUUGCCGUCGAUAUGGAUAUGCUGAUUGCUGCACGGGUAAUUCAAGGCAUUGGUGGCGGUGGCCUGACCAUUCUGGUCAACAUUACCAUCUCUGACCUUUUCUCUGUGCGCGACCGAGGCGCAUACUAUGGUAUGAUUGGCGGAGUCUGGGCACUGGCAAGUUCACUCGGACCCGUCGUUGGAGGAUUGUUUACGCAAAAGGUCUCCUGGAGAUGGUGCUUCUACAUUAAUCUUCCACUUGAUGGACUUGCAUUCUUCAUUCUCUUCUUUUUCCUCGAUGUCAGAACGCCUAAAACCCCACUGCGUGAGGGCCUCAAAGCUGUUGAUUGGCUAGGCUCACUCGCCAUGGUAGGCGGUGUCAUCAUGCUGUUGCUGGGACUGGAAUUUGGUGGUAUCACACACCCCUGGGAUUCUGCAACCGUUUUGUGUCUCAUCAUCUUCGGAGCGGUGGUUAUUGGCAUCUUUUUCCUCAUUGAGUGGCGGGUAGCACCCUAUCCCCUGAUGCCUCUAGAUCUUUUCUCAAAACGGUCAAACCUAGCUGCCUUGGCCGUCUGCUUCUUUCACGCAUUCGUAUUCAUCAGCGGCAACUACUUCCUCCCGCUCUACUUCCAGGCUGUUCUGGGAGCUACACCGAUCCUUUCGGGUGUCUAUCUCCUGCCACAAGCGGUAUCGCUGUCAAUACUCUCGGCGAUUACCGGUAUCUUUAUCAAGAAAACCGGUCAGUACCUGCCAAUGAUCUGGCUCGGCAUGUUUAUGAUGACUCUGGGCUUUGGAUUGUUUAUCGAUCUCAACGUCAAUUCAUCCUGGGCCAAGAUCAUCAUCUACCAAAUCAUUGCAGGUAUCGGCAUCGGACCGAACUUUCAAAGCCCCCUCAUUGCUCUGCAAAGUCUCGUGCCGAAACGAGACAUUGCUACUGCGACCGCCACUUUUGGGUUUGUUCGCAACCUUGGAUCAGCAAUUUCGGUUGUUGUAGGCGGUGUGGUGUUUAACAAUCAGAUGAAAUUAAAACAACCCGAACUGGCUACUGCACUGGGCGCACAACGAGCAUCGGCGUUUGGUGGAGGCUCUGCGGGUGCAAAUGUAGGUCUCAUCCAAGCUCUGCCCGCCGACCAAAAGUUUGUGGCCAGAAAGGCGUUUGGAGACUCAUUAAGCACCAUGUGGAUACUAUACGUUGCAUUCGCUGCCGCGGGGCUAGUAGUCAGUUUCUUGAUCGGUCGUAAUAAGCUCGACAAGCAGCAUGAGGAAACCAAGACUGGACUCGAGGUCGAGAGGACCAAGAGGCUAGAAAGGGAAGCUGAGCGAGCUGAAAGGCGAAAGAAGAGAGCUAGCAAAGGCUCACUACCUAUUGACCCAGAAGUACAAGCAACCGACGCUGGAAAGGAAAAGGACAAGGAAACCACUGCAUGA